UUUCCAAAGUAAAAUAUAUCGCAAAGAGAAUUUCCCUUAUAAAAGUGAGAGUUUGCAAAAGUGAAGUUUGAUCUAAACAAAAAAGUGUUUCGUUUUUUUCUACAAAUUGUUAUUCUGUUCAUUAAAAAAGGAUGGAAUUGUACAUUACUUUAAUUAUGUUUACGACUUUGUUGCUGAGCGGAAGAACGUUUGCUUAUGAGUGGUGCAACAGUGAACCUGCGGAUGUUAUAUUUGUUUUGGAUUCAUCAUAUAGUAUUUGGCCGCCAGAUUUCUACAGAGAGCUCAAGUUUGCUGAAAAUGUGAUAAAAACAUUUAACAUUGGACCGGGUACAAACGACAGCCGAGUAGGUGUUGUUACCUUUGGACAUGAAGUGUGGCCAAAAUUUUACCUAAACUCGUAUUUAAAUAGAGGCAUGGUAAUUCGCGCAUUACAACGUAUAAGUUACGGUGAAGGGAAGACUACUAACACAGGCGAUGCUUUAACUUAUACACGUGACGUCAUGAUGUCUGAGCGUGCAGGCGGACGCAAAAACGUCACAAAAAUCGUCAUAGUGGUGAGUGACGGACGCUCGCAGAAGACUUGGUUCACACAGGAAGUCGCACAAACAAUGCAAGAUAACAACAUGUUUUUGUUUGCAAUCAGUAUAGGAUUUAGACUUGAUCAUAAAGAACUUGGAGGGAUUGCCAGUGAUCCGGAUAGCGUACACUAUUUUAGUAUUGAUGAGUACAGUGACAUGUCCUAUAUAAAGAGAACAAUAGACGAAAAGAUUUGCCAAGUGAAUGACUUUGGUGAUUGGAAUUUCACAGACAACACAGCCGAGUUCAGAGGCAACGAGGAAGAGGUACUUAUCUUGGACUGCAGUGACAAGAAAGCUGAUAUAUAUUUUCUUAUCGAUGCCUCAUAUAGCAUCAAAUCUGACAACUUCGGUAAAGAGAUGGACUUUGUGAGAAGUGUGGUUGAUUUCCUUGACAUCGGAAAAAAUAAGACUCGUGUUGGUGCCAUGACAUUCAGUGAUGAGAUGAAAUUCCUCGCUAAGCUGGAGUACAACUUGGGCAAAGAGGAGUUGAUAUCGCAUUUAAACUCUGCGAUCUAUAUGGGAGGUGGUACUGAUACAGCAGUAGCUUUAAGACAAAUCCGAGAAAAAGGUUUUUUCGGCAGUUCAAACCAAGUACGAGAAAACUCAGCAAGAAUUCUUAUAGUAAUGACGGAUGGUUUAUCGCUUACACCAGAUACUACAGACAGGGAGGCAAAGCUUUUGAAGAAAAUGGGUGUCCAAAUAUUCUCUAUAGGAAUUGGCAGUGGUAUCGACAAGCUUGAACUUGAAGACAUUGCAAGUGAUCCAAUUGACAAAUUCUUCCUCCACGUUGACGACUUUGGAGCUCUUGAUACAGUUAAGAUGAAGCUUGCAGCCAGAACAUGCACUAUUCCACCGACAGAUAGUUUCUCCUUUUUUGCUGACCAAGCAGUAUGCCAUCCGAUGAAGGCAACGGACUUACUUUUUGUAUAUGAUGCACAGGCACUCGGAAGUUGGCGCUCCCAGGCUAUAUCUCAUUUUAUCUCAAACAGUGUCGCUGAGUUCAACUUAGCGACUGAUGAUCUUCGUGUAGGACGCGAAAUAGAAAAUUGUCCAAGUGGCAAUAUAGCUCUUGGUAGUGCUCUACACAAUACGGAUCUGGAUGAAGUUCGGUACCCAACAUUUACUGAUAUGCUACGACGUGUAAGCAGAAGUAAGAUGACUGAAGAAAAUGGCGGGAGAAAAGACGCUUCCAAAAUGGCGGUUAUUUUUGUCGAUUCGUCACAAAGUAUGAAUUUUGAGACAUUUAUGGAAGCAAGAAGAUUAAAAGAGAGUGUGAAUUUCUUCUAUGUGGUAACAAUAGGGCAUAAUAUGCAAACAUUGCAUCUCACGGGACUUGCCGGUGAAGGGCAUUUCAUUAGUGUAAAGAGCUAUGACGAGUUGCAUCCCUUGGCAGACAAACUUAUGACGGACAUGUGUGACUUCUUUUUCCAAUUCUAGUUUAUAAGUUAUUAUAGUUUAUACAAGUUUAUUAGGAAAUAGUGUACAGAUAAAUGCUUUACAUUUCUGAAAGUUCAAUAUUCUUUACAGAUACGUUAAAACCGUUUAUUAUACGGCAUUCCAAAACAAUUUCAAUGUAUGGAUUUCGCUUAAGACAUCAUAGAACGAUUAAUUUAAGCAUAUGCAUAGUUUUACCUUCAUGGAGUUUCUAUUCUUUUCCACUUUAUAUCUCUUGAAAUAGAUUUAUGUCCAAUUUGAUGUGAUUUUUGAAGCAGCUGUUACGCACACAGUUUGAAAUUUAAUUUGAUAUUAAUUGACUGAAAAUGAAAGUGACCGACGUAAUUUGUCCGUUCAUAACGCAGAAAAGGCUAAGUUAAAAUAAAAAGAUUGCGAACCCUAUAAUGAAGUUUUAUACAAAACAACAUAGCCACAUUUAUUGGUUUAUUCGCAGAAACUAUAUGUAGUUUAACGUGGUAUAAUUGUUUGUGAAUUGCAAUUGCAUAAACACAUUGAAUACUCUGUGUUAUUUUAUAAUUAUACAGGCAUUUUCAUUUAUCUAAAUCAUUUAUAGUAUUAUUCAUUUUUGUUAACUAUCGUAUCCAGUAGCAUUUUUGUAUAAAUUAGAUAACGUGCUUCAGUUGAAAUAUAAUAUGAUAAAUAUGGUAUAUUAGAUUAUACAUAAAUAAAUGCUACAAUGUACAAAGCUGUGUCAUUUGUGGAUUGGUGAUAAAAUUGUAGACUGUGAGGUAAAAAAAAAUGCAUUAAUUUCUUUGUAUAGUAUGCAGAUUAUUGUAAAUAGUUUUCGUUAAGGACACUUUAAGCCUACAAUAUUUAGAUAAUGGGCCAGUAGAUUCUGCAAACAUGUUUAUUACGCAUGUUUCACUUAUAUGUACAUGCAUCACAAUGUCUUAUACAGUUUACCCGGUUUCUACUAAUUACUCCCGUACAGUAAAACGCUCGCACGGUAAAUACUACUGUUAAUCAAAAGUUAUAUUAUUGCUCAAAUUAAGUUAAGUCAAUAGUUCAAGAAAUUAUAUUAGAAUUGCAAGAUCAAAAUAACUGUCACAUAGGGCAGAAGUCCUGAACUUGAAUAACUUUUAUUCCUUAUACAAAAAUAGGUAUGCCAAUUUGUACUAUAACAGUCGCAUCAAUUAGGCAUCAAUGUAUAUUUAUCAAUUUGUCAGUAUUUAAGCAAAUAUAAAUGCAAUUACAUUGAUUUUGCAUCUAGCAUGACAUAUCUAUACAUGUAUAUACACUGUGCUGGUCGCAAUAAAAUUUGAACCUUA